UGAUACAGAAACUGAGUCUAUAAACUCAAGCAAUUCAAAAUCAGGGUGUCCACCAACAGGAGUUUGGAAAUGGUUUGAAAGAGGUGCAUCCAAAGGUGAUGGUCAUUGGGAAGGAACCUUUAAUCAUUUAGAAGAUACCCCAACUGACGAACCUCUUUAUGGCAUGCCAAAUACCACCUCAUCUUUAAUUAAAGAAAAAAAAGUAGAUAAGCAAUUAACUAAUUGGUUUGAUUCUGUAAGACUUGAGAAAUCUAAACAAUCAAUAAUUGAUGAAGCUAUUACAUUAGCUUUUAUUAUGUGUGGUAUUCUUUUUCGUGUAAUCAAUAAUCCUUUUUUCGUAAAUGCUUUAAAACUUCUUAACCCUGGUUACGAAGCUCCAUCACGUGAAGUUCUCUCUGGACGUUUACUAGAUAUUGAAGUAGCAAAAGUUAUUAAUAAAGUUGAUAAAAUCAUAGGAAGUGCUACUAAUCUUACUGUUGCUGCAGCUAUUUUAAACCAAAAAAUUUUACAAUAUCAAGUUAGUGGUGGUGGUCUUAAAACGUAUAUAGAAACUAGGUGGACAACUAUAUACGAAUGCACUUCUUCAAUUGUGCGACUUAAAGCUUGUUUGGAGGAUGUUCAAGAAAAUCAUUCAGAAAUUAUCAAACCUGCUAUUUUGACAAUUCUUCGUAGCCGGGGCUUUUUUAGUGAUAUACAAUAUCUUUCAGAAGUUUUACUUCCAAUUAAGGAUGCGAUCUUGUCAGUUGAAGCAAAUCGUUCUACACUUGCUGAUUGUUACAUUAAUUUAAUGAAAAUUGCUACGGCAAUACAAAAUCUUCCUACUGAUGAGUAUAAAGGAUUUCGUAAUUAUUGUAUUAGAAAAUUUAAUAGUCGGUUUGAUGAAUUUAAUGAUUCUGCUUAUCAACUUGCAUAUUUCCUUCACCCAGCAUAUAAAGGUGUCAGAUUAAAAUUUGGUACAUUUCCUUUAAUUGCAAAUCCAAAUCCUUAUAUUGCCUCCUAUAUGAUUGGUCGUGAUACACCAUUAAUGUGGUGGAAUACUUGUGAAGCUAAACCUAACUGUUUACAACAUCGGCUAGAAGGAUUAGCAAAAGUUUAUCAGUUCAAUUUAUCAAAUCCUAUUGAUCAACUUCGUCAUACUCAAACUACUGAAGUAACAUCUGAAAUAAUGACAAAUAUUGCAGAAACAGUUUUUAAAGAAUUUGAAGAGGAAACAUUAACAGAAGAAGAAGAUACAGAAUUGCCUAAUCCUACCGAAGAUCUUUAUUCCAACGAACCAGAUUUAAAUUUAAAUGUUUCAAAUUUUAUUGAUCUUUAUUCUUCAGUUUUUACAAAUUCUGAAAGUCGUUAUGAAAAUCAAGAGUCUAAUGAAAUUGAGUCUGAUAAUAAUGACGUACAAGAAUAUAAUAUAGAUGAAAUUAUUGCCUAA